AUGCAAAAGAAUUUCACAGCAGUGGAGAUCAUCAAUUAUGCACCGAGAGAAUAUCAUUUUGAUAUCAAAGACUCAGCUGAUGCUCAAUUUAAUAACAUCCAGUACAUGUACAUUGGAAAGAACGAGAGUAUGACAGAUGGCUUCAUUGGAUGUGUUUCACGCGUCGAAUUUGAUGACAUCUUCCCAUUGAAGCUUUUAUUCCAACAGAAUCCACCACCAAAUAUUAAAGCUUUAGGAAAAAGGCUGGUGCUUAAAUUAAAUUAA